GCUGGUCACACUGUUUCUGAGCAACUACAAACUGUGACGACAUUGCUAUUUUUGUUUUUUGUUUCACCAGAACUGGAAACGAUGUCGGACCUCGCGUAUUUGGACACGCUGAACAACAAGCAACUGCUGGCCAAAUGCUUGGAGCUUGGUCUGCCCGGCGUUCCUGUGACAGACAGCACCCGCGGCGUCAUCAUCCGCCGGCUGCGAGCGGCGAUCACCGGGACGCCCCUAAACAAAAGCAAGACCAAGAAGGUGACCCCCAGGCGAGAAACUGUUCAUGGAAGCCAUGUGGCUCAGCCCACAUCUGAGCCAGUUCGCCGCACUGCUGGUAAAAGUCCAAGUCGUGCUGGGGGAGAAAAAAUCAGCGCUGCCAGUCGGCGUACCAUAGCAUAUGGAUUGGACAAUACGUCGCUUUCUGGAAGAUCUGUACAAACCACAACCACUGUGUCUGAUGUGGGCUCUCAAUCGGAGGAUGACGAUUAUUUUAUGGUGGACUCUCCCGGAGUGCGCUACUCCCAUUCCACCCAAACGCCUGGCGAAGACAAUCGACGCAGGCGUUCAGUUUCUUUGACAAAAUCUGGAGUGUUGACCACAUCUUAUACUCGUGAAGUGAACCAGCCUAACUACGUGCCAGAGGCUGAAGAAGAGGAUCAACCCCGUAGCUACACAUACGAAAGACCAAAGGUUCAAACCUCGCCUCUGCACACAUUGCCCACUUAUGAGCCUCGCAUAGAGCCAUCAACCUAUAGACGCUCUGACCUGGGCUUUUCUCGGCCAUUACUUACUCAGAGCCAGCUUAACUCUACCAGCUACUUGGAGGAAUCGGGAUACAACCAGACGUCUUCGCCUAUUUAUCCAAGGAACACAUUCAGCGGCUCGGCAAAGCCAUUCGGAGUUCCGGCCCCAGGAGCAGCAGAAUCCAUUUCUCGCCAGCGUCGUCCUGUUAGUGGAUUUAGCAUGGCUAGGGGUCGUAUUCUGCAGCCUACCACCGCAGUGAAUACGCUUUAUCCCCAACUGAAUCAGUUCUACGAUCAACCUGACAACACCCACUCGGACAGCGAGUCGGAAGUGGAGGAAGCCCCUGUCAGAGCCACUCGCCUAUCACCUCCCCAGGCCAGACCCCAAGUUCGAAGACCUCUGCUGCGCCAAGAGGAUCAGGGUUCGCCCAUGUCGCAGUUUAAGGAGCUGGUUUAUUCCGUGAAUCGCCAGUAUAACCUCAAGUUUUACUUCCUUCUCAUUCUGGGCGUGAUGCUCGCCACGUGUUUCUACGUGAUUUUGACGUCUGGAGAUAGUUAAAUAUGUAAAUUAGUACCUAAAUAUAUGCCUUGGAAAUGUGGCUAUUGAUUAAUA